AAACAAACAAAAAAAUUCAUCAAGAAAUCAUUUUUGUAAUAAAAAAUUGUUUACAAUUUAUUAUUUUUUAAUAAACAUUAAAAUAUAUGCUAACACAUAACCACAAUAAUGUUUGUUUAUUUAAGUAAAAAGAUUGCAAUUCCCAACAAUGUUCAGUUAAAUAGUAUUUCAUGGAACAAGGAACAAGGUUACAUCGCCAUUGCUGGUUCUGAUGGCUUAUUAAAAGUUCUUAAAUUAGAACAAGCUAGUGGAAAUGGACAAACAAAAGGUGGAUUGGCAGCAGUAAGCAAUUUGUCUAUGAAUCAGACUUUAGAUGGACAUAAAGCUGAAGUUAAGGUCGUCACUUGGAAUGACACUCAACAGAAGCUCACUUCAUCGGAUGUUGAUGGUGUCAUUAUGGUAUGGAUGCUCUAUAAGGGAUCGUGGUAUGAAGAAAUGACAAAUGAUCGUAAGAAAUCGACAGUCAAUGGAAUGGCAUGGACUUCAGAUGGAACUAAAAUUUGUAUUGUUUAUGAGGAUGGAGCUAUUAUUGUUGGAUCAGUCGAUGGUAAUCGAAUAUGGGGCAAGGAAUUAAAGAAUACACAUUUAACUGGUGUUCAAUGGAGUCCAGAUAAUAGACUUUUGCUAUUUAGUUUGGCAAAUGGCGAGUGUCAUCUUUAUGAUAAUCAAGGAAAUUUUGCGAUGAAGCUUAAUAUCCAAUGUGUCCUACUGAGUUCGAACCGCAUCUACAAAAUUGCAAACCUUUGUUGGUUUAAUGGAAAAGCUACACCAAAUCGACCUAUCUUAGCUAUAUGCUAUGAAACAGGAAAAGUGCAAUUAAUGAAAAAUGAAAACGAUGAUGCACCUGUUAAAUUUGAUACAGAAAUGAAAAACGUUGAUGCCCAAUGGAAUCACGAUGGUACUGUUUUAGCUAUUUGUGGAAUGAAAGUUGAUCCUAAUUCGAAAGAAGGAAACCAAGUUUCAUUCUAUUCACCAUAUGGAAAAUUAUUUCGAACACUAAAAGUUCCAGGCAAUCAAAUAACAUCAAUGGCUUGGGAAGGACAAUCGCUUCGAAUUGCAAUGGCAGUUGAUUCAUUUAUUUAUUUCGCCAAUAUUCGACCUGAUUAUAUAUGGUGUUAUUUUGAAAAGACUACUGUAUUUCUUAAUACAGUUCAUGAGUCUGUUAUGAAUGUGAUUACAUUUUGGAAUACUAAUUCGAAUCAGCGUUUUUUAAAAGAAGUUGAGCCUGUAUUGUGUAUGGCUGCUUGUAAUGAACACUGUGUUAUUGCAGUUGAAUGUUUAAAUGCAAAUAUACGGGACAUAAAUUUAACUGGAGUUGAACGAAAGACGGAAGAAAAAUGCUAUCAACUUCUGUUAUGCAAUUCUAUUGGAACCACUGUAGACUCUAAAUAUACUGAUGUUAAACCUAACUAUAUUGCAAUUAAUUCCACGUACGUUGUUAUCGCUUCAAAUGAUGAAGUUCUACUGUGGCAAUAUCACACACCCAAGAGCUCAACAAAUAUCCAAGGAGCAAAAGGUAGAAAAGAAAAGCGCUUUCAUAUCGACGACACACCGACCGGUGUUGAUGCAAAAGAAUUAAGUAAUACAAAACCAUCACAUGAGAUUGAAGAUCCAAUUUGUGCUGUAACUAUAUCGGAAAAGUUACUUUUAGUUUCAAGAAAUUCUGGACUUAUCAAUGAAUAUAGUGUUCCAAAUGUUGCCUUACGAACGAGGCAUCAAACUAAACACUAUGUUUAUAAAAUGGCAAUUAAUUGUAAUUCCACUCGAGCAGCCCUCAUUGACCACGGUGGUGUUAUGACUUUAUUAGAUCUCGAUGACAACAAAGAAGGUCAAUUAAAUUUUAGUCGUGUAGAACGCAAAGAUGUAUGGGCAAUCUGUUGGGCCAAGGACAAUCCUUUGCUCCUGGCAUUGAUGGAAAAGACACGAAUGUAUGUAUUUCGUGGAAAUGAUCCUGAAGAACCAAUUGCCUGCUCAGGUUACAUUUGUUGUUUUGAAGAUCUCGAAAUAACAAGUGUACUACUUGAUGAUAUUAUCAGCGGUGGUGAAACUCAAAAUCCUGUAAAUCACAUUGUUCAGCUUCGAGUAAAAUCACUGCGUGAUACAGAUGAUUUGCUUCAACAUGUUGGCAUCGAAGAUGCCAAACAGUUUAUAGAAGACAAUCCACAUCCUAGACUUUGGCGAUUAUUGGCCGAAGCAGCAUUGAAAAAACUCGAUAUGGAUACAGCUGAGAGUGCAUUUGUUCGAUGUGCAAAUUAUCCAGGAAUUCAAUUGAUUAAAAGGCUUAGAAAUAUACCAUCGGAAACCCUUCAAAAAGCAGAAGUGACUGCUUUUUAUGGUGAAUUUGAAGCAGCUGAGAAAUUAUAUAUGGAUGCAGAUAGAAGAGAUUUAUCCAUUGACUUACGAACCACAUUAUGCGAUUGGUUCAGAGUUGUACAGCUUUAUCGAAUGGGUCAAGGAAUAUCUGAUCAACAAAUGGAAACAGCUUGGAAGGAAAUUGGUAACCAUUUUGCAAAUCUACGUUCUUGGGAAAGUGCAAAAGAGUAUUAUGAAAAAGCUCAUCAUAUUGAGGGCCUUAUGGAGUCACUCUAUCAUUUAGAACAAUUCGAUGAACUUAAACUGUGCAUUGACAAAUUGCCAGACAGAAGUCCUUUGUUAUCUAAAAUCGCUGAAAUGAUGUCCUCUGUUGGAAUGUGCAAUGAAGCUGUUGUAGCAUACCUUAAACUAGGAGAUCACAAAUCGGCUGUUAACACAUGUGUUAACCUUCGCCAGUGGGGACAAGCCGUUGAUCUUGCUCAGCAAUAUAAGAUGCCUCAGAUUGGCGUGCUGCUAUCUAAACACGCUGCACAACUUUUGCAAGAAGGACGUCUGCCCGAGGCUGUUGAGUUGCAAAAGAAAGCUGGAAGAUAUCUAGACGCAGCCCAUCUUUUGACUAAACUAGCCGAGAGGGAAGUAAAUAAGAAAGCGAACUUGCUAAGAGUUAAGAAGCUUUACGUACUUGCGGGGCUUUUAGCCGAAGAGCAUCUUAAAACAUUAAGUGCAAGAUCAAAUCUUCGUAUUGAUCGGACAAAUAUUUUGGCCGAAAUGUCAACCGAAGAGUCGAACUUAGUGAGGCGCAUUUGGCACAGUGCAGAAGCAUAUCAUUUUAUGCUAUUGGCUCAGCGACAAUUGCGUUUUGGAAUUGUUCACAGUGCAGUGAUAACAGCACUGAGACUUCGUGACUAUGAAGAUGUUUUAAAUAUUGAAGAUAUAUACAGUUUAUUGGCAUUAGCUAGUUGUGCUGAUCGUUCUUUUGCAACUUGUUCUAUUGCAUUUAUAAAAUUGGAAUCGUUAGAUUUAGCUUCAGAAAAAUGUAAGCAAGAAUAUGAAGAAUUAGCUGUUAGUAUCUUUUCUAAAAAUGAACCCAUUGAUCAUAAAUUGGAUUUGGUGCAAUGUUAUUCUUGUCAAACACCUGUUGCCGAUUGUUUACCAUCAUGUUCGAAUUGUGGUGCACAUUUUCCUGCAUGUAUAUCGUCGGGUAAACCGAUAACUCAACCAACCAACAUAUGGAUGUGUUCAAGAUGUCAUCAUUGUGCAUCGCCAAUGGAAAUUACCAGACAUCGUACUUGCCCGUUGUGUCACAAUCUUACUACUUUAAGUGGACUUGAAGUUUGAAUUUUCUUGCUACUACAUAUAUUUACUUAUUUAAAUUAAAUUAUUUAUUUAUUUUAAAACUUAUUUUUUUUUUUUCAA